AUGUCAGAAAUUAAUUUUGGAAAAUUGAUUACCUCUGAGAAUCUAACCUAUUUCCAAUGCCCUAAUGUAUUCAAUGAAUAUACAUUUGUAAUAUGGGAAUAUCCUAUGGGUAAUGUAAUUGUGAAUGAAUAUGAUUAUAAAUUUGAACAUCCUUUACAAUUACAUCAUACUAAACAUCCAUUACCAAUAUGUCAAUAUGGUUGGAUUGAUCAAAUGAAUACAACAAUAGAUCAGCAUACUUAUUUAAAACGUUCACGUAGAUCCAUUGAAUCAAUUCCAUAUAUUACCAUCUCAAAAAGAAUUGAUCCUGAUGAUCCAACUGUUAUUUUACAAUGUCAUAUGCCGCCAAAUGAAGCAGAAAGUGUAUCAUUUAAUUAUCAAUGGUCAACAGUGGAAAGUGGAAAGAUUGGUGAUAGUGAAACAAUAGUUCGUCAACUAAUUAUUGAUCAUAUACCAGAUGAUGGUGUCAAACGAGAUACAUCAAUAACUUGUGAAGUAACUUCAUCUGAAACUGGAGAAAUUGUUGGUUCAAUUAAACUUGAUUUAGAACCUAAAUCUCUCAGUACAACUGGAAAGAUGGAAUUAUCUGAAACAACAACAGAGAUUUUCAGUUAUCGUAAUGGUGAAUCAUUGGAAUUACAUUGUGAAUUAGAAAAAGAUUUUGUUGGAACAGGAGAAAAUGUCAUCUGGACAUUCAAUGGUGGUACAUUACCAACUGGUACUAAUCGUUUAGAUAGAUUACGAACAAGUGUAAUUGUUAUUAAAGAAAUGGAAAAUAUUCAUGAAGGUCUUUAUGAAUGUCAACAAAAUUCGAAAAAAUUACGAGGUCAUAUCAUCAGAGCACCAACUAUUGUAACACUUAGUAUCCUACCAAAAGAAGAUGAAGCAUGGGCAAAUGCUGGUGAUAUUACUGAAUUUCAUUGUCGAUUAGAUGGUAGAGAAUAUGGUAAUCAAUUAAUCGAUUGGUAUUUUAUACCAGAAGGUGAUGAUCGUGAAAUUUCACUACAUAAUGAUGUUAAAAUUGAUAAUCCUGAUGCAACACCAUCUACAUCAUUUUUAAGUAUAAUGAAUGUACAAAAAUAUCAUGAAGGUUUAUAUGUGUGUAGAGCAUUAAAUUUAAGAGAUACUGCUAAAUUAAUUGUGAAAACAAGAGAUUUGUCGGUAACUCCUGAAGAGGUUAAAGCACGUCCUGGAACAACUGUACAAUUUUUAUGUGAAUUAUCUACAAUUACCGGUAUGAAAGGCGGUAAAGUAUUCUGGAUGCGUACAGAUCGUCAAGAUUUACGUCCUGGUAAAGAAGAAGUGAUAGGAACAAAUGGUGGUAGAGCUUUAUUAAUUGUUAAAGAUGUUGGUCGAUUCGAUCAUAAUAUAUCUUACAUGUGUACAGAUGGUUAUAGCAAAGGUUAUGCAAAACUAUACGUUCAAGAAGUUUGUGCACCAGGAUUUCGACCAUGUGGUUCACAAGAAUGUUUAGAAGAGACAAAAUUUUGUGAUGGAGUAGUGGAUUGUGAAGAUGGUUAUGAUGAAAUUCCUUCAAAAUGUAGUGAAUGUGGUGUCAAUGAAAAUGUUUGUGGUAUUGUGAAUGAUGUGAAACCAUUGAAAAAUUGUUAUUUACAAUUUUGGCAUUGUGAUGGUGAAGAUGAUUGUGGUAAUAAUUAUGAUGAAUCUAAUUGUCUUGCACCAAGUGUUUAUGAUCAAUGCAAUGGUACACAUUAUACUUGUCCACAAGGUGACAAAAUGAUAGCUCGAGCAUUUAUGUGUGAUUCAGUGCCAGAUUGUGAACCAAACGGAGAUGAUGAAAGUGAAUGCAGUUAUCCAAGUAUCAUUGAACCAUCUGGAGAAACACAUUUAAUAGGUCAUCAAUCAGAAAAUUUAACUUUAACAUGUGUAGCGUAUGGUCGACCACCUCCUACUAUAAGUUGGAGAUAUAAUUGGGGACAUUUAAGAGAAGGUGUAAAACAUUCUAUUAAUUAUACAGUUAUAAAUUGUAAUAUGGCAAUAAGUCAUUUAACUUUAUACGAUUUGGAAUCACGUGCAAGUGGUUUAUAUACAUGUGAAGCUGUGAAUCGUGGUCGUGCAUUAGCACCAGAUUUUUUAGUUAAUGUAGCUAAAGGUGGUAUUUGUAAAGCGCCACAAUUUAAUGAUGCUGCAUGGUUUGAUGAUAUGUGUUUAACAUGUUAUUGUUCAAAUGUAACAGAUAAAUGUACAAGUGUAAAAGGUUAUCGAAAAUCACCUCAUGAUCUAAUGUUCGACUAUAAAACAACUCCAAUCAUAUUAAGUACAUAUAAUCAAGAUGGAAGUGUUGAAGAAGGUCAAGGUGUAACUGAAAUCGACGGAGAUAUACUUCGUAUACCUGAUGUUCCUAAUGAAGCAACAUUUGUUGAAAGUGAUUUUAAUCUUUCAGGUUCAUGGGUGAAAUCUUAUGGAUAUGAUAUAAUAUUAAAUCUUCGUCUAUUUGGUGAAAGUUUAAAUUAUCUUCCUGGACCAUUUAUUAUCUUGAAUUCAACAGAUCGAUCAAUUUAUUGGUGUCCACCAAAUGAUCGUUUAUUAGUUCAUAUUAUACCAACUGGUUAUGAUAAUCGAAUUCAUAUACGAUUAACUGAACGUGAUAAAUGGUAUAUUGAUAAUAAAUGUAAACAUACAAUUGAACAAACCAUUGGUCGAUCUGGUUUUAUGCAAGUAUUAAGUAAUGUGAAAAAAAUUAGUUUACGUGUAAAAUAUUAUCAAGAUCAAACUACAUUAGAAUUAUUUAAUGUAAAAGUUGAACAUGCUAUUAAAUCAGAUGUACCAGGACAAUGGGUAGGAGAAAUUGAAGAAUGUAUAUGUCCACAUGGUUAUGAAGGUCUUUCAUGUGAGAAAUGUGCACCGGGUUAUCAAAAAGAUCCUGAUAAUCCAUUAAAAUGUCGACCAUAUUGUGCUUGUGAUAAAUGUGAUACUGAAGGAAAUUGUAUUGAAUGUCCAGGAAAACGUGCUGGACCAAGAUGUCAACAAUGUAAAGAUGGUUAUUAUAGACCAGAUAAAAGUUUAUUAAUAACUGAUUGUCAACCAUGUGAUAUGUGUGGAAAUAAUUUACCAUAUGUUGUCAAGACAUGUCACUUUAAUCCACAAGGUGAUGAUGAUUAUUUUUGUAAAUGUCGAAUAAGUGAAGAUAAUAAAUUAAUAAAUCCUAAUUGUGAUCGUUGUCAAUUAGCAAUAGAUAGUGGUGAGGAAUUACCAGUUGAUGCAAAAUGUGAUACUAAAUCACAACCAAUUGAUUGUCAUUAUCAUGGAACUCAAUUAACAUCAGAUAAUGGAGAUUGUCAAUGUAAAACUGGAUACACUGGUGUAAAAUGUGAUGAAUGUGAAGAAGGCUAUUUCAAUUAUAUGGGACAAUGUUUACAAUGUUAUUGUUCUGGGAAAACAUCAUCAUGUCGUUUAUCAGAUGAACAUUAUUUCUGGAAUAUAACAACGGAGGAUUCAGCUGGUUUCGGUUUUAAUGUUUGGCUUGGUCAACGAACCGAUAUGGGUGGAUUACAACGUAAUGAAUAUACACCAGAUGGAAAUCCACGUAUUGAACGUGAAUUAGAUAAUUUUUAUGUUAAAUAUCCAUUAAAUAAUAAAGGAAUAAUUCAUUUUGGUAUUAAUCUAAUUCCACCUAAACCAUCAUCUCUAACACAAAAUGAUGUCGCAAUUUAUAAAUAUAUGUAUGGAGGUAAAAUGUCAUUCAGAAUUGAUUCUAUCAAAUUGAAUCCAAAUGAAUUAACCCAACGUGAAGCAAGUGUUGUUGUAGAACUUGAGUCACCUCGUUAUGGACGUAUAUGGACAUUAGCAACAUAUAAUUUAACAACCCAACGUUAUGAAAUAGAAUUUCAUGAAAAUUGGUGGCCAGGUGGUUGGCAUUUAGGUACACCAUUAACAUUAUAUGAUACAUCAAUGAGUUUAACAAGAAAUCAAUUAUUAAGAUUCUUAGUAACAACAACAAAUAUUGGUAUUAUAACAAGUAGUGGAAAUAGUGAAUCAUUAAAUGAUAUCAAAUUAUCUGGUCUAUCAAUACAAAUUAGUAUACCAAUUAAAACAAAUGAACGUCAAUUAUUUGCUAAUGAACAAGGUUUAAUAAAAGCACCAGUUGAAAUAUGUAAUUGUCCAAAUCAAUCAAAUUCAUUAAAUGAACGUGAAUUAUCACCAAGUUGUGAAGGUUGUACUGAUCUAUCAAAACAAACGGUUAUUCGUUUAGAACCUCUUGGUGAAGAUGUUCAAUGUGGAGGUUGUUUAGGUGAUAAAUGUAAAGAAUGUUCUGAAGGUGAAUAUAUUUAUGAUAUAUACAGUGGGAAACGUUUUGAUACAUGUCAAAAAGCUGUUACCAUUGAUACUAAAUCACGUCGUGUUAUUGUCAAAUUAAGUGAACCAAUUAAUUUAAUUUGUAAAGUUACAUCCUAUCGUGGUGGCCUAGUAACACAUGAAUGGAUUACACCAAAUAAUGAAUAUGCUAGUCAACCAAUUAUAAGUCGACAAUAUUUAACUAAACCUAAUUAUUAUACUACUAAAGAGAAUUUGACUACUUAUCAAUCAGAAGCUUUAUUACAAAUUAAAUUUGCUAAACCAGAAGAUGCUGGUGAAUAUAAAUGUAUUGCAAAAGGAGUUGGAACUGAAGUAAAAGAAACAUUUUAUGUUGUAGUUAUUGAUCCUGAUGUUGCAUCACCACCUGAUGUACCUGAAGAUGAUGAAAUCAAUAGAAAAUUCCCAUUACCUACACCGCCAAUACUUGACCCACCAGUUUUAACAGUUUAUGAAAUAAAAAAAGAUCCAGAUAAUCCACAAAUAACACUGAUUAGUGGUCAAGUGAAACCUGAAAUAUUAGAUACUCAUCAUACCAUUUGGUAUUCUAUUAAUGGAACUCUUAUUCCUGGAAAAACUGAAAUUACAGAUACUGCACGUGGAGCAUUUACAGUUCAAUUAACAAUACCAUAUGAAACAAUUAAAUUAGGAAAUGAUUCAAUUAUAGGUUAUUUCAUAGGUAAAGAUCCUAUUUAUACACCUCAAUGGACAAGAAUGAUGAAACCAAUUAUUAUAGAUACAGAAGCCGAUGAAAUUACCCCAGAUGAUAUUAUUAAUCCACCAACUGAGAUAACUUUUCCAUUUAUGCAACCAUAUAUUGUGCAAGUAAGAACAAAACCAGGUAAAGAAGAUAUUAGUGUUAAUUGGAAGAAAAUUGGACCACUUCCUGAAACAAUAAAAGAAAAGAAAGAUGAUGAAAUAAAGAUAUUAGAUUCCGAUUCAACUCUCCCUGAAGGUACAUCACAAGAUAAAACGAAUUUGAAUAUUUGGGCUGCUGCUGAACAACAUGAAGGAAUUUAUGAAGGAAUUGUUUUACGUGAUAGAGAUGGUGUUGAAGUUAAACGUAUUCAAACAAUAAUACGUGUUCAACCAAUGACUAGUGGUAGUAAAACAGAAUUAGGUCUUGCUGAAGCAGCUGAACCAAUUGAAUCCGAAGUUGAUGAUGACGAUGAUGAGAAGGAAGAAGAAUUGCCAACAUGGGAUUUUAUCGUUGGAGGUUUUACUCCUGAUGCUAAACAUUGUGAAACACCUACUUGGACAAUUGUUGAUUAUCAAUUAAACAAAACCACUGAUAUAACUAACAAAGUGAUUCGUACAUCAGAUGAAAAUUUCCGUGUUAAUUAUCCAUUAACAAGUGGUUUAUAUAUACGAUUUCAAUGUAAACCAAUUCCAAUGAGUAAUUUAACUGGUGAAAUUAAAUUUAAUAUAUCAUCACCGGAUCCAAGAAUUAUUCUUAAACCAAUUUAUGAUAAUCCAGACUCAACAUUUCCAACAAGAUUGGUUUGUAUGGAUUUGAAUCCGGAAUAUGAUUCAUCAGUGAACCUUAGUUCAUCAUCAAUGAGUCAAGAAAUGAUAUCUCAUGCAAUUACUUCAAGUGAACAAAAACUUAUUAUUCGAAAAGGUGAUAUACCUCCUAUACGUCGAUUAGAAAUGGAUUGGAGACGUAUUGGAGAAUUUGAUCCAUUUAAUGAUGAUGGUUAUUUUACAUGUUUUGUAAAUAAUACUGAAACAAAUGGAUCAAAAACUAUCAAAUUACCAAGUGAUAAAGUACCUAUUCAAUGUACGUUUUGA